AUGACCGAGAACGCUCCAACAAGCUCGAACGUGAAUGCAGAGGAAGAAGUAAGGUCUGGUGUCUGGAGCUCGGUUCCUGCGCUUCCUGCCCCCUCAGAUGCUGCAACCACCCUGCAGGUGGGCGAGACUGUGUCUUUAGAAGAUCGACUUGGGCCUUUGGUGGUGAACGCAGAUGGAAGUCUAUCAAGAAUAGCGAACUGGGAGAACAUGACGGAGGCAGAAAAGGCAAACACAUUGAGAGUGCUGGGAAGGAGGAAUGGAGCACGACUGGCGAACUUGAACAGCAUGCACGCGGACGACAGCAACUAG